AUGCACUGCUAUCUGCUGAGCGUGUUCCUCACCGUGGAUCUGGCCACCGUGGCUUUCAGCCUGUCUACCUGCAGCACCCUCGACAUGGAUCAGUUUAUGCGCAAGAGAAUCGAGGCGAUCCGGGGGCAGAUCUUGAGCAAACUGAAGCUCACCAGCCCCCCGGACGAGUACCCCGAGCCCGAGGAGGUGCCUCCGGAGGUCAUCUCUAUCUACAACAGCACCAGGGACCUGCUGCAAGAGAAAGCCAACCACAGAGCUGCCACUUGUGAAAGGGAGAGGAGCGACGAGGAGUAUUAUGCCAAAGAAGUUUACAAAAUAGACAUGCAGCCUUUUUACCCCGAAAAUGCCAUCCCACCAAGCUAUUACAGCCUUUACUUCAGAAUCGUCAGAUUUGAUGUCUCAGCGAUGGAGAAGAACGCCUCCAACCUGGUGAAGGCCGAGUUCAGGGUCUUCCGCUUGCAGAACACAAAGGCGCGUGUCUCGGAGCAGCGGAUAGAGCUGUACCAGGUUCUAAAAUCUAAAGAAUUAUCAUCACCAGGACAGCGCUACAUUGACAGCAAAGUAGUUAAAACAAGAGCUGAAGGAGAAUGGUUGUCUUUUGAUGUCACUGAGGCUGUACAUGAGUGGCUCCAUCACAGAGACAGGAAUCUUGGAUUUAAGAUAAGCUUACAUUGUCCAUGCUGCACCUUCGUGCCUUCCAAUAAUUAUAUCAUCCCAAAUAAAAGUGAAGAGCUUGAAGCAAGAUUUGCAGGUAUUGAUGACUACACAUAUUCCAGUGGUGAUGUGAAAGCUUUAAAGUCCAAUAGGAAAAAAUACAGUGGGAAGACCCCACAUCUUCUGCUAAUGUUAUUACCCUCCUACAGACUUGAGUCGCAACAGCCCAGUCGGCGGAAGAAGCGUGCUCUAGAUGCUGCCUAUUGUUUUAGGAACGUGCAAGAUAAUUGCUGUCUGCGUCCACUUUAUAUUGACUUCAAGAGAGAUCUUGGCUGGAAAUGGAUUCAUGAACCUAAAGGUUAUCAUGCUAAUUUCUGUGCAGGAGCCUGCCCAUAUUUAUGGAGCUCAGAUACUCAGCACAGCAGAGUACUCAGCUUGUAUAACACCAUAAAUCCAGAAGCUUCUGCUUCUCCUUGCUGUGUGUCCCAGGAUUUGGAACCCCUCACCAUCCUCUACUAUAUUGGCAAAACACCCAAAAUUGAACAGCUGUCCAACAUGAUCGUAAAGUCUUGCAAGUGCAGCUAA